AGAAUGAUGAAAAAAUAAAGAAAACAAUACCCCUAGCCCUCACCCUCAAUUACACUUUACAACUCUCUUCUCUUCCUCACUCUAGAAUUAUCCAUUCCAUCAUCAAAUUACCUUCCCCAAUCUGACGAACAGAUAAAAAGAAGAGUGAGAGAAUAGAUUUGCGGCAAAAAAAUCAGACUUUAUCAUCAACGUCCAAAACUUUGAAGUAUCUAGCACCAAGUUGUUGAAUAUCGAGAACAAACUGAAGCUGAGUGCAUGGCGUCUUGGGCUACAACAACUGUGGCUCUAAAAGAACUUUCGUUAUUGCCUGCUGUUCCUUCUAGAACUUCAGGAUGUACUUCUUGCUGCACGACAUGUUAUUUCAAACCCUUUAAUCUUCGUAGAGAGGGAAUCUCUCGUCGUUAUGCAACUGGAAAGUACUCAAGAGGAAGAGUUAGUUUGGUUAACUCAAGGCAGACUCCUGUAUAUUCAAAUAUUGGGGUAUGGGAAGAUCCUGAUGAUGGAAGUGAAAGUGAUUAUGAUGGUGAAGAGCAGGAAGCAGAAGAAAAUGAUCUGGAUUUCGAGAGUGACUGGGAAGAAGAGAAAGACUCUUCAGUUGCCACACUUGACACAGAACAUACAGCAAUUAGUUAUGAGGAUGAACUUGCAAAAGAGAUUGAGCAUCUUUUAGAACCAGAAGAAUGGUUGAUUUUGCAACAGAAUGCAGCUCCAAAUCUUGAGAAAGUAUCAACAGCUAAAUGGAGUCCUAUUCACACCUUUGCGUUGUCAGGGCAAAUUCAUUUUCUUGACCAGCUACUUGAAAACGGUGUCAACAUUGAUUUUGCAGAUAAGGAUGGUCUUACCGCUCUUCAUGUCAGCAUUAUCGGUAAGAAGGAAGCUGUUAUUAGUCAUCUUUUAAGAAAAGGUGCCAAUCCUCACAUUAAGGAUAAGGAUGGUGUCACCCCACUUCAUUAUGCAGUUCAAGUUGGUGCCAUACAGACUGUGAAGUUACUAAUCAAGUACAAUAUAGAUGUGAAUGCUUCAGAUAAUGAAGGAUGGACCCCCUUACAUGUUGCCAUGCAAAGCAGAAACAGAGACAUCACAAAAGUCUUGUUACUUAAUGGUGCCGAUGCAAUGAGAAAAAACAAGGAUGGAAGGACACCUUUGGACCUGAGCUUAAGUUAUGGAAAGGACUUCAACUCGUAUGAUCUUACAAAGCUGUUGAAGAUCAUACCUGCUAACAGAGAUCUGUAGCUGGUGAACAGGAUCCCGUUCAGUGUAAAAUCUUUCGAGAUGUUUCAUCUUUCCAGCCUCUAGGUUUAUCAAGGUUCAUGUGGAAAAUAUCGAGGAAGCUUGUCAUUGCCAUACUUGUGUUUGGUCUUCCAUGCGACUCGAAGCACAAUGUGAGGGCUGUCCUGUGCAGUAUCUCAAGCAACCAAUGAUGAUUGACAAAGGUUCAUUUUCCUUGUUUACCUAUAUCGAUCAGUCGAUCACCCCCCUUGGCCUCCCAAGUAAGGAUGAGGUGAAAUCAUUUGAAUCAAUAUUGAUAUGCAGAUUCGAUCAGGGUCAUGAAAUUAGAACAAUUGUGCUCAGUCUACUUUUCUGCUAGUAUAGUUCUUUAUCCUGUAUCCAUAUGUUUAUUUUGUAGAAGUUGUUUUGGUGAAGGGAAGCAAAGCUUUGCUUAUUGUCUUUCGUCGCCGAAACGCAACGAACGAGUGAAGCAUAUUUUCCCUUGCAUUUGUUAGCCCAAACAUUAGCAGCAUAUGAAAGUCCAGCUACUUUGCUUUA